GGCCGGGCCCCCUUCUCCCCCUUCACCCCCGCCCUCAUCUCCCAGGAUGUCUCUGAGAUUCGCUGGAAGCUGACUCAACUUGUAACUCCGCGGCGAGGCGAGCGGGGACCGCGGCCAGUGGGUCGGGCAGCUGCGAAGCCUUGGCAAACUGCUCCUACCUCCCCGGGGAAUUCCACGCUAUCUACCCCCACUCUCCCUCCCUACCCAGUUUUCUUGGACUCCCUCUGAAUCGCCUGUCUCCCAUGCGCCCUUGACUAACCCCCAGCCCCUCGACGCUUGAGGGUCCCUCCUUCGCUCAGGGAGGCUCAUCUCUCCCGUGAGGACGCCCCCCCCCGCCCCGAGUUGCUGCUUGUGUUGAGGAUCUGAGCCUGGACAGCCUGGGGGACAGGGCAGCCAGGGCCCAGGACACCCCCAGUGAAGUGGUCGCAGCCUUUUCGCCCGGGACUCAAGACUCUCCGCCAGCGCGGGCCUCGCCCCGCUACGGCGGGAGGCUCCGGCCGAAGAUGUUGAUGAGGAAGACGCCCGGCUUUGCCCCAGCCUCGGUCUUCGGGGUGCGCCUGUCACACAAGUUCCUUUUCUUGCUCUUCCUCUCGGGCCUCAUCACCCUGUGCUUCGGGGCCCUCUUCCUACUGCCCAGCUCAUAUCGUUUCAGAAGACUUUUCCUGCCUCUCCGGCCCCAGCGUCUCGCCACUGUCCAGGGGGCUGGGGAGCCUGAGCCUGGGGACCAAACCCAAGCCCGGGGGCAGGAGCCACCUCCCAACCCAGCCCCGGCCCCUGGGGCACUCGUCGGGCCUGGCCGAGGGGGGCGACACCCCCCAGGCGGCCCCACCACUCCCUGGGAGGAGGCUGGGGCCACCCGAGGCCAACAGACUCCGGGAGCAGCCACUGGGCUUCCCAGAGCCCCCAAGUCGCGCCCUUUGCCCACCCUGGUCUUCGAGGAGUUCAGAAGCCGCCUCCGGCACCCGGUGCUGGGGACCAGGGGCAACUCGGAUGCCAAAAGCCUGGCCCAGAGGGAGAAAAUCAAAGAGAUGAUGCAGUUUGCCUGGGAUAACUACAAGCAGUUUGCGCUGGGGAAGAACGAGCUGCGGCCGGUGACGAAGAAUGGCUACACGGGUGGCAUGUUCGGAGGCCUCGGUGGGGCCACAAUCAUUGAUGCCUUAGACACUCUGUAUAUCAUGGAGCUGGAGGACGAGUUCCGAGAGGCCAAAAACUGGGUGGAGAAGAGCUUUGACUUGGAUGUGAAAGGAGACGCUUCAGUAUUUGAAGUGAACAUUCGGUACGUCGGUGGACUCCUCUCAGCCUACUACCUGACAGGAGAAGAGGUCUUCCGAGAGAAGGUCAUCAGACUCGGAGAAAAGCUUCUGCCAGCCUUCAACACCCCCACUGGAAUUCCCCGGGGGAUGGUGAACUUUGGGAGCGGCGUCAGCAGGACCUGGGGCUGGGCGUCUCUGGGGAGCAGCAUCCUGGCAGAGUUUGGAUCCCUCCACCUGGAGUUCUUGCACCUCACCAAGAUCUCUGGCAACCCGAUCUUCGCUAGAAAGGUGAAGAACAUUCGCAGGGUCCUCAACAGAACCGAGAAGCCCAAAGGCCUCUAUCCCAACUUCCUCAGCCCCGUCAGCGGCAGCUGGGUCCAACACCAUGUCUCUAUUGGAGGACUCGGGGACAGUUUCUAUGAAUAUUUGAUCAAGGCCUGGUUGAUGUCAGCCAAGACAGACAUAGAAGCUAAAAAUAUGUACUAUACCGCCCUCGAGGCAAUAGAAACCCACUUGCUACAGAAAUCCCAGGAGGGACUGACCUACAUCGCCGAGUGGAAAGGGGGUGUCCUGGACCACAAGAUGGGACACUUGGCAUGUUUCUCUGGUGGCAUGAUCGCCCUGGGGGCUGAAGAUGCAGAAAUGGGGAAGAGGAAGCAUUACAUGGAGCUUGCUGCCCAGAUCACAAAGACGUGUCAUGAGUCUUACAUCCGCACAGACACCAAGCUGGGACCGGAGGUGUUUUGGUUUGAUUUCGGGAGCGAAGCCACAACGUCCAGCCCGAGCGAGAGCUAUUACAUUCUGCGGCCGGAGGUGGUGGAAAGUUACAUGUACAUGUGGCGCCUGACUCACGACCCCAAGUACCGCCAGUGGGGCUGGGAAGUUGUGGAGGCCCUAGAAAAAUACUGUCGGACAGAAACAGGCUUCUCGGGGAUCCGAAAUGUUUAUACUAUGUUUCCCGAGCACGAUAACAUGCAACAGAGUUUUUUCCUGGCAGAGACACUAAAGUACCUCUAUUUGCUGUUCUCUGAAGAUGAUCUCCUCUCCUUGGAAGACUGGGUAUUCAACACAGAAGCCCACCCACUCCCAGUGGGCCACAUACACAGUCCAGCCAAAGCCCACUAGCCCCUGACUCUGGACAGCCCCCGUCUUUGCUGCCAGGGUCUGGGCGUCCCCACCAACAAGAUCUGCUUUUCAAGGAAGAGUCGGGCCCACAUUCCCAACUCAGACGAACAUCGGGUGGGGCAGAUUCCUUGGACAGGCACCUUCUUUUCCUCUAUGAGGAACCACGCCAACCUCGAGGCAAGACCUUGGUCAAAGGCCAUCCAGUACACAGACCAUAGACAUUCCUUUCUACAGAGAAUUUCUAUGAAACCCACUGACUUUUCAUUCCAGGGGCCAGAGGAGGAGAAGCCAACUGUGAGAGAGGGCCCUUCUCCCCUCCCUCCCAUUCUGUCUUGUUUUAUCUUUUUUUUUCUAUGCAGUUGGAUUUUAUUCUCAUUUAUAAUCAAGUUUUCAAUAUGAUGUGCUUUCUUAUGUAAUGUCAACAUGAAAAACUGAGUCAGCUACUCUCUUCUCCCAUCUUGGCCCCAUUUUAUAUAUUUUCUGUGCUUUUUACCCACCAUUUACCAUUAAUUUCCAUUCAUGUCACCUGGCUCUCAGAUCUGGGGGGAGAGGUUGCCUCUGCUCUUCGAGGUGAAACAGAGUGUUGUCAAUCACUAACCCUCUCUUCCCUGCUACCCAUGAACCAGAAUAAAUGAGCUUGUGACCACGGGUGGGUCAAUCAUCCAGCAUUGAGGCCCAGGGAACCCCAUGCUAUAUUAUUGUCUGCAAUAAAAAUUGAUUUAAGAAAUGC